AGAAUGGUUUGGGUUGGUUUUUUUCAGGGACAGUGAUACUGCGAUUGUACAGAGUUGUUGGUGAUGAUGAUUGAUAAAGAGAUUGAUUAUCAUCGCAGGUCAGCUCUAACUGGUCGGUAUCUUCUGAAGGUUCUCAUAAAAAUUUUACUGAUAAAUUGGUAACGAAGUUAAGAGUUCUCCCUGGAAGACGAAUGACCUUUGCCCCCUUUUCUUUUGAGGAAUAAAAAAUGUCGGGGAUUCUCAGUCCAGGAUUGAAUGGAUCAAAUUCAAACCUUCCAGAUAACCCUGGAAGAGUUUUUGCAACUUCAUUUUCUGUUCAGUCGGGUUCCUCUGGUGCUGUUUUAAAUCAGUCUGGGCUCCAUAGCAUGCUUGGUAACUAUAACAUGACAAACAUACCUGGAUCUUUGGCGUCAAGAAAUUCGAUGAAUCUUGGUGUUCCUCCAAGUGGUGUCCAACAAACUCCAGGAAGUGUGUCUAAUGGGCGAUAUGCAGUAAACAGUCUUCCUAAUGCAUUAUCUCAGUUAUCUCUUGGAAGUUCACAUACUCGUUCAGGAGGUGCAAAUACUGUGGGGCCAGGUGUGCUUCCAAAUAUAAGCGGAGGAAUAAUUUCAAAUGCUAUAGGUGGUUUGGGGGGUGGGGGCAAUAGUUCUAGAGGUCCAAGCUCUGGUGGGGCGGGAUAUAUUCCUGGCCUUGCAUCUCGGCUGAAUUUUAGUGGUCCACAGGUCAUGUCCAUGCUUGGCAAUUCUUAUUCUGGUGCUGGUGUGCCAGUGUCUCAAAAUCAGUUUCAAGCUGGGAAUAAUAAUAUUAGUUAUAUGGCAUUACUAAAUGAUGUGAAUAUCCAUGACAGUGCUAAUUUUGAUAUAAACGAUUUUCCUCAGCUAUCAGGACGCCCUACUUCUGCUGGAGGUUCUCAUGGUCAGAUAGGUUUGCUGCAAAAGCAUAACAUUGGUUUCACCCAACAGAACCAGGAAUUUAGCAUUCAGAAUGAGGAUUUCCCUGCUUUACCAGGAUACAAAGGUGGUCUUAAUGUUGGCGGUACGGCAGAAUAUACUCACAACGCACACCCAAAAGAGCCAAUCCAUGACAGUAUGACUAAUUUAAUGCAAUCUCAGCAAUUACCUCAAAUACCUAUGGGAAGGUCUUCUAGUUUUAAUUUUGGAACCGCCUAUUCAUCUCAUCAUCCGCCACAACAUCGUUCUUCAUCAAUAAGUGGAAGUGGGGUUUCCUAUCUAACAUCAGGCAACCAAGAUAUCUAUGGUUCUGAGCAGUACCAGCAAUUCUUGCAACCUCAGUCUCGUUUUGUCAAUCCGUUCAGAGAUAAAGAGAUUAGAUCCUCUCAGGGAUCCCAAGCCUUACCUGAUCAAUACGGUAUGCUCAGUUUAGCAAACAUUGUAAAAAUGGUGAAUCCAGCUUUGACUUCUCUCUCACUUGGAAUUGACCUGACAACUCUUGGUCUGAGUUUAAACUCGUCCGAGCCUAUCCACAAUAAGUUUGCAUCUCCCUGGUCCGAGGAUCCUGUCAGAGGAGAGCCAGAGUACAAUGUUCCCGAGUGUUAUUAUACUAAAACAAGCCCUCCACUGAAGCAAGGCUCCUAUACAAGAUUCCGGCCAGAGACAUUGUUUUACAUCUUUUACAGCAUGCCGAAAAGCGAGGAACAGCUCUUUGCAGCAAAUGAACUCUGCAACAGGGGAUGGCUCUAUCACCGAGAGCACCGCGUGUGGCUAACCAGGGCAACAGCUAUGGAACCUCUGAUCAAGACGAGCACUUACGAACGCGGUUGCUACUUCUGUUUUGAUCCCAAUACCUGGCAGACAGCAAGAAAGGAAAACUUUACUCUGCAGUAUGAAAUGAUCGAGCAAAGGCCAUCACUACUUAAGCAGCAACAGCAGCAGCAGCAGCAGCAGCAGCAGCAGGCUGUUUAGCAGAUUAGUUUAAAUUAAUAAAUAAAUUGUACUUGUAACAUUCACGUUGCUCCAAUGUCCAAAGAACUCAACGAGAUCUUUCAUUUUUA